CCUUUACUUCUUACGUCAACCCCUUUCCUUUUAUCUCCAAAUUUAUCGCUUCUUUUGCUUUCAUCCUUCGGACCAAUAUAUAUAUAUAUAUAUAAAGACUCCAGCAAAAGAAAAUUCCCUUUCCAUAUGUCUAUUGCUUUGUGAUGUAUAUGUCACACUCUAAUCUGUGUUCAUCUUCGACAAUUCAUUGACCUUCCAAAUCCAUCUAAAUUCCCAUUAUUAUAGCCAUAUUUACUUACAGAUCAUAAUACUACUAGUCACUAGCUUUUCUCUUUUCGUGUUAAAUAAACACUGAAGAAACACCCACUUCCAACCUUUACUUUUGCUUUUUGGGUCUUGAGUUGUUUUUUUUCCUCUUUAUCGAGCUGUUGUUUUGGAUGAGAAUGUAAAUGGGUUCUUUAGAAAGUCCAAUUUCAUUGAAGAGAGCUGGUAGUAGGAACGAAAGGAACCCUUUUUUGAGCCGAACUAGAUCGAGGUUUUCUCGUUUCUUGCUCUUCAACAAGCUAGAUUACAUCCAAUGGAUUUGCACAGUUGUUGUUUUUCUCUUCUUUGUGGUGUUCUUUCAGAUGUUUUUGCCUGGUUCAGUAAUGGACAAAUCUCCAGAUUCCUUGGAUGAUAAAGAUUUGGUAUUUCGUGAAUUGGGAUACUUGAAAGAGAUGGGUGGGUUAGAUUUUGGUGAAGAUAUCACUUUGGAACCCUGUAAGCUUUUACAGAAAUUUCAGAGUCAAAAUAAACAAUUCAACUUGGAAUCUUCAUCUGCUCUCAACCGUAGCCAACACCGUUUCCAAUAUAGAAAGCCUCAGCUUGCAUUGGUGUUUGCUGAUCUAUUGGUUGACCCACAACAAUUGCUAAUGGUGACCAUUGCAAAUGCAUUGAGAGAGGUUGGUUAUGAAAUUCAGGUCUACUCCAUUGAAGAUGGUCCUGCGUACGAUGUCUGGCAAAACAUUGGAAUUCCAGUCACUUUUCUUAAAUUCAAUCCCAGUGGGAUUGGUGUUGAUUGGCUCAACUAUAAUGGCAUACUUGUUAGCUCCCUUGAGGCCAAGAGUGUUUUCUCAAGUUUUAUGCAGGAACCUUUUAAAUCUCUUCCACUUAUAUGGACCAUCCAUGAAAGAGCUCUUGCUGUUCGCUCAAGACAAUACACAUCAGCAGGGCAGAUUGAGCUUGUGAAUGAUUGGAAAAAUGUUUUCAAUCGUGCUACUGUUGUUGUCUUCCCAAACUAUGCGCUUCCGAUGAUCUAUUCUACAUUUGAUACUGGAAAUUAUUAUGUUAUUCCUGGUUCUCCUGCUGAUGCAUGGAAAGGAGAGAAUGCAAUGUAUUUGUACAAAGAUAAUCAGCGUGCGAGUAUGGGCUAUGGACCUAAUGAAGUGCUUAUUGCAAUUGUUGGAAGUCAAUUUAUGUACAGAGGCUUGUGGUUGGAGCAUGCACUUAUUUUACAGGCUUUAUUGCCGCUCUUUGCCGACUUUUCUUCUGAUAAUGAUUCUAUUUCCCACCCUAAAAUCAUUGUUUUAAGCAGUGAUUCAGCAAGCAACUACAGCAUGGCUGUUGAGAAAAUUGCUCUUAACUUAAGAUAUCCCAGUGGGGUGGUGAAGCAUGUAGCUGUUCAUGGAGAUGUUGAUGGCGUUCUGAGCAUGACUGACCUUGUGAUAUAUGGCUCGUUUCUUGAGGAGCCUUCAUUUCCAGAAAUUUUGAUAAAAGCCAUGAGCCAUGGGAAACCGAUCGUAGCACCAGAUCUCUCCAAUAUAAGGAAAUAUGUAGAUAACAGGGUAAACGGUUAUCUUUUCCCUAAGGAGAAUAUUAGUGUUCUGACACAGAUCAUAUUGCAAAUGAUAUCCAAAGGAAAAUUGUCACCAUUGGCUCUAAACAUUGCUUCGAUUGGGAGAGGAACUGUUAAAAAUAUGAUGGUUCAGGAAACUAUUGAAGGAUAUGCGAUGCUACUGGAAAAUGUUCUCAAGUUUCCAUCAGAAGUUGCACCUCCUAAGGCUGUUAUAGAACUUCCUUCAAAGUUGAAGGAAGAAUGGCAAUGGAAUCUAUUUGUGAAUCUUCAGAAUUCUACACUUGAAGACAAGAGUUCCAAAUUUUUAAACAAUUUAGAGGAGCAGUGGAACCAUUCUCAAAGAAAGAAGUUUGGUUCGCCAGUUGCUAUGAAUGAUUCAUUUUCAUAUGAGAUUUGGGAGGAAGAAAAAAAGAUGCAUAUUUUCGAUACUAAAAGGAGACGAGAGGAACAAGAGUUGAAAGAUAGAACUGAUCAAUCUCGUGGCACCUGGGAGGAUGUAUAUCGAAAUGCCAAGAGGGCUGAUCGUGCAAGGAAUGACCUGCAUGAAAGGGAUGAGAGGGAACUCGAAAGGACUGGUCAACCAUUGUGUAUCUAUGAACCUUACUUUGGUGAAGGAACAUGGCCUUUCCUGCACCGAAGUUCUCUUUAUCGUGGAAUUGGAUUGUCCACCAAAGGUCGAAGACCCAGGAUGGAUGAUGUUGAUGGACCAUCUCGUUUGGAACUUCUUAAAAACUCCUACUACCGAGAUAUUCUUGGUGAAUAUGGGGCCUUUUUUGCAAUUGCUAACCGGAUUGACCACCUACAUAAGAAUGCCUGGAUAGGGUUUCAGUCAUGGAGAGCAACGGCUAGGAAGGCAUCCUUGUCUGAAGUUGCUGAGACAUCAUUGUUAGGCGCCAUUGAAAAGCGUAAGUAUGGUGAUGCUCUGUACUUUUGGGUUCGGAUGGAUAAGGAUCCUAGAAACAGCUUGCAGCAGGACUUUUGGUCAUUUUGUGAUGCUAUAAAUGCUGGAAAUUGCAAGUUUGCAUUCUCUGAGACUCUUAAAACGAUGUAUGGCAUAAGGACCGAAUUGAAUUCUUUGCCACCCAUGCCUGAAGAUGGAGGCACAUGGUCUGUCAUGCAGAGUUGGGCUUUGCCGACAAAGUCCUUUCUCGAGUUUGUCAUGUUUUCAAGGAUGUUUGUGGAUGCAUUAGAUGCACAGAUGUAUGAUGAGCACCAUCAAAGUGGUCACUGUUAUCUAAGUUUCUCAAAGGACAAGCAUUGCUACUCAAGGAUGCUCGAGCUACUUAUAAAUGUUUGGGCAUACCACAGUGCACGACGGAUGGUGUAUGUGAAUCCUGAGAGCGGUGUGAUGCAAGAAUACCACAUAUUCAAAGAUCGGAGAGGUAAAAUGUGGGUGAAAUGGUUUGCCUUGAACACUUUAAAGGCGAUGGAUGAGGAUUUGGCGGAGGAGGCAGAUUCAGACCACUCAAAGAGAAGAUGGAUAUGGCCAUCGACAGGGGAGGUUGUGUGGCAAGGCGUACUGGAUCGAGAGAGGAACAUACGCAACCGUCAGAAAGAGAAAAGGAAGCAGAAAAGCAAGGAUAAACAAGAGCGGAUGAGGCAUAAACACCGUCAAAAGGCCUUAGGUAAGUAUGUGAAACCCCUUCCAGAAGAAGAUAUGGAAAUUUCAAAUUCAACAUUAUUAACAUCUAACUAGCUUCAUCAGUGUGUGUUUUGCAGCCAAUCCAUGCUAGUAGAAUCUUUAAUUUUUAUUUUUUGCUAGAAAGGAUGUGCAUUAUUUGUGUACAUGUUAGGUUUUUUUUUUUUUUUUUUUAAAUUUUUUAUGUAAAGCUAACAGCAUACCUCUGGUCAUUGAUGUUUAUGAAUGGCUCAUAUUGUAUUUGGUGGAGAUUAUAGAAAAAAAAACGUGUUCGAGAUGCAAAUACAAUGGUUAAAAUUUAUUCUCUCUUGGAA